UGUUAGUCGUUUGUAUCCACACUCACACUAAAGCUUAACUACCGCAGCGUAGUUACUCGGUCUGUACCGUUCACCCCCUCUUCCUGUUCCUCAGAGCAGAGCACUUGAUGCACAGUAGGCUGCGGCCCUACGUUGCCAUCUGCAGGUACCGAAACUGCAGGAAAGGGGUGAUCUUGGCCUAUCCCAAGAUGACAAGAUACGUUAUUUGGAUUUUAUUUCUUUUUCUUCCUUCAGCUGACAGAGAGGGAGUCUGUCACCCUUUCCUUCCUUGCCUUGUCACGUAAGCACUCAAGGCCAGGAAGGAGACAGGGCGAUGGGGUAUAUAAUAAGCUUCCGACCAGUGGUCAGAGACUCGGGUGCAGGCCUGGCCCUGCCACACAUAUCCUUGGGCUCAUCACACAUGGCAGUAUAGGAUGAGCCUGGAUUCUGGAGUCAGACAGCAGGGCUCCUCUCUUGUCCUAGUUCUGCUGCCUGGGGACAAAUGAUUUCAGCUCUCAGCCCUGCAGGAUUUUGUCAUCUAUCAAGUGAGAAUACUGGCCUCUGCCUCCCAGGGAUGUGAGGAUCAAACAGAGCGGACUGAUGACUUGGUCCCGCGAUGGCCGCCCCAGCUCCUGCCUCCUUGGGGCCGUGGCCCGGCUGCAGCCCCAGCUCCGGGCCGGCCUCCCUCGAGCCCCCGCAGCUCCCGGUCGCAGACCCUCUGCCUGGCUCUGGGUUGGGGGAGUCCUCCUGGGCCCCGUGAUCCUGAGUAAGUGCCCCCGCCGCGGCCUUGUGGCCCUCUGUGAGGCAGAGGCGGCCCCUCCGGCCCGCUCUGGACCCGGUGCCGUGGAGCCCCGCUUCAACUGGAAGCUCUUCUGUCAGUUUCUACGCCCCCAUCUACUGGUCCUGGGGGCAGCCGUCGUGCUGGCACUGGGCACAGCACUGGUGAAUGUGCAGAUCCCCCUGCUUCUGGGUCAGCUGGUGGAGAUCGUGGCCAAGUACACGAGGGACCACGUGGGCAGCUUCCUGACUGAGUCCCGGAACCUCAGCACCCACCUGCUCAUCCUUUACGGCCUCCAGGGCCUGCUGACCUUCGGGUACCUGGUGCUUCUGUCCCGCAUCGGCGAGCGCAUGGCUGCGGACAUGCGGAGGGCCCUCUUCAGCAACCUGCUCCGACAAGACAUUGCUUUCUUCGAUGCUAAAAAGACAGGGCAGCUGGUAAGCCGAUUGACGACUGACGUGCAGGAGUUUAAAUCAUCCUUCAAACUCGUCAUCUCCCAGGGGCUGCGAAGCUUCACGCAGGUGGCUGGCUGCCUGGUGUCCCUGUCCAUGCUCUCCACGCGCCUCACCCUGCUGCUGAUGGUGGCCACGCCUGCCCUGAUGGGUGCUGGCACCCUGAUGGGCUCAGCUCUCAGAAAAUUGUCUCGCCAGUGUCAGGAGCAGGUCGCCAGGGCAACGGGUGUGGCAGAUGAGGCCCUGGGCAACGUCCGGACUGUGCGAGCCUUCGCCAUGGAGCAGCGGGAAGAGGAACGCUAUGGAGCGGAGCUGGGGGGGUCCCGCUCUAAGGCAGAGGAGCUGGGCAGAGGCAUCGCCUUGUUCCAGGGGCUCUCCAGUAUCGCCUUCAACUGCAUGGUCUUGGGCACCCUGUUUAUUGGGGGCUCCCUCGUGGCCGGACAGCAGCUGACGGGGGGAGACCUCAUGUCCUUCCUGGUGGCCUCCCAGACAGUGCAGAGGUCCAUGGCCAACCUCUCUGUCCUGUUUGGUCAGGUGGUGCGGGGGCUCAGUGCAGGCACCCGGGUCUUCGAGUACAUGACCCUGAGCCCGUGCAUCCCACUGUCCGGGGGCCACUGCAUCCCCAGGGAGCACCUGCGCGGCUCCAUCACCUUUCACAACGUCUGCUUCAGUUACCCCUGCCGUCCCGGCUUCCAGGUGCUCAGAGACUUCACCCUCACGCUGCCCCCGGGCAAGAUUGUGGCCCUGGUGGGCCAGUCCGGGGGAGGAAAGACCACUGUGGCUUCCCUGCUUGAGCGCUUCUACGACCCCACGGCGGGCAUGGUGACGCUGGAUGGGCAGGACCUGCGUACCCUCGACCCCUCCUGGCUCCGGGGUCAGGUCAUCGGCUUCAUCAGCCAGGAGCCAGUCCUGUUCGGAACAACAAUCAUGGAGAACAUCCGUUUCGGGAAGCUGGACGCCUCCGACGAAGAGGUUUACGCAGCUGCCCGGGAAGCCAACGCACAUGAGUUCAUCACCAGCUUCCCCGAGGGAUACAACACCGUCGUGGGCGAGCGGGGCGCAACCCUGUCUGGUGGCCAGAAGCAGCGCCUGGCCAUCGCCCGAGCCCUCAUCAAGCAGCCCUUAGUGCUGAUCUUGGAUGAGGCGACCAGCGCACUGGACUCGGAGUCUGAGAGGCUGGUGCAGGAGGCCCUGGACCGCGCCAGCGCUGGCCGCACCGUACUGGUCAUCGCCCACCGGCUCAGCACCGUGCGUGGGGCCCACCAGAUCGUCGUCAUGGCCCACGGCCGGGUCUGCGAGGUGGGGACCCAUGAGGAGCUCCUAAAGAAGGGCAGGCUCUAUUCGGAGCUCAUCCGGAGACAGGCCCUAGAUGCCCCGCCUCCUGAGACGCCCAGGGGCCAUGGGAAGCAGCACUCCAAGUCCUGAGAGGUCUGGUCACCGCCGUGCAUCCGUGCCCAGGGCCAGGGCUCAGCUCGGGGGGGGGAUCCCGGGCACCGAGCCCCCAGGAGGGCCAGCAUGCUGGGGUGGGGGCUACUGCCAUCGCUCCCCUGCUCGCAGCGAAACCUGGGCCAGGCGCCGGGCUGGGGGAGGUUGGGCGCACUCCUCCUGCCAGAGCUGAGAGCCCUUGGCUGCACGGCGGGCCCCUGCUCGGUCCCCUCCCUUUGCCAAGGCCUCCCCGACCCCUCUCCCAGCCCUGCCGAGCCUCCCCCUGUACCCGACAGGCUAAAGGUGUGCAGGCCGCAGCUGCAGGGAAUUUUCACAAGUCAGCACUGGGGGUGGGAGUAGGGACUUGCCCCAGGAUUCAUCCCACACCCGUACCAGGACCUCGGCCUCCUCUGCGGAAUCCCGACAGGCCUCUCAGGGCCCUGCGAGAAGGCGCCCACCCACUGAGCCAGCCCUUCAAACUCUCAGCCCACAUCUUGGGAACAACUUCCCUUCCUUCUCCUUGUGCCUUUACACAGUCCUUUCUCUAGAUUUUGCCCUCCCCCCAUCUAAACAGGACGGGGGCCUAACAGGCCCCCUGGCUCUUGGGGAGGGCGAGGAGGGGCGGGCAGCUGUGGUCUGAUCCACAAGAGGUUCUGCCCCAGCCCCGUGCGCCUUGAGCCCGUCACCCGGUGAGAUUGUGGACCGCCACCCUCUAUGUGAGGACACUUACCUCUGAAAGGGACAGAAGAGGACAUGCACCCCAGACUCCAGCCACGGGGGACGUCCGGUGCUAACAGUCACCACAGCACUGAGGAGCGGUUGAUGCUAAGCCCCUUGGGCUGACAGAAUACAAAAUCCGUCCGACAAGGAGCGGUCACUGCCUGACCGGCCUCCCUGGCAUGGUCAGACAGGGUCUCUGGAGCAGGUGGGACCAGAGCCUCACUUUGAAAGAGGAUAGGCCAGCUGCCCAGGUGGCACAAGCCCUGUGACCCCAAAGCUGUGAAUGGGGUGGGGCUGGACUCUUGUCCGCUUCUGGGGACCUAAGAGCAGCCAGGGUUUGCCCCCAGCCCUGGUCAGCUCCUAGAACUGGGCACCCCUCCUGCCUUGGUUCUGCUCGUGUCACAUCCCACCAGGAAACCUUCCCCCUUCACAGCCACGUCUGGGCUGAGGAUUCCAUCAUGAGUCCUGCGCCCUGGCUUGAGGAAGAGGGGCCGCCCAUGCUGGACCUUCAAGGCCAGCCAGACCUUUUGGAUUUAUCCCGUGGCAUAGAAGGACGAUGCCAUGUUUCAGGGCUUGGCAGCAGGGGCAGGACCAGCAGGGGCAGCUGUGGCUGGAGGCCAGCCUGGAGGAGGCUGCAGCGGCUCAGGUGUGAGUGCAGGAGCCAGGGUGAAAGUGCCCACAGCCUCUUCUGGGUGUGGUUUAGGACCAGGUGCUACUUUAGGGAAAUAUCCCAGGGCCAAAGCCACCCAGAUUUCAUGCGCUGCUUUCUUAAUGUUGAGAGGUCGCACCCCAGGGCAGGCCUGGCCCGGGAAGCAGAGCACGGGCUAGCUCCAGGUCGAUUUGCCACUAAACACCUCCCUAGUGAGGGCAGCCAAGGGCAGGCCUCAACUCCCCGGCCGAGUCCACACUGGCCUGCCUGGCCCCUCCCGGCCGAGGCCAGCUUGUGCUCUACCAGCACCAGCCGCAGCCUCCAGCCACCCAGACGUCUUCUAACGCCAGAUUCUAGGUCUCUCCUUACCUCUGCAGGGUGGCCUCUCCAAAUCCUGCCCCCGCCGCCGCAUCCCCUCUUUAGGGAAGUGGUGAGAUCCAUGGCGAGCCCUGAGCUGGAAGGCCCUGCGGUCAACUGCACACUCGCUGUGUAGCCUUAACCUCAGCCUUGGCUCCUGCAGCUAUUCCACGCAGACCGUAAACCUAGCUGCACUUAAUUUCGCGAGCUUCUUUUAAGAGUUUAAUUAGAAUAAUCUGUGGUAAAGUACUUAGCCUCAGAAGCUGGUUACAUCUGUGCAAUAAACCAUGUUAUUCACUCCUU